UUAACCUAUUUCGAGACGCUUCUAGAAUGCAUCUGGCAACUCUGUCAUGGGCAAUCAUGGCCAAUGAUGGCCGCGUCUUGAAGACGGAAAGCGGAACAACAAAGUCUUCCCCUGCGUAACCUACGUUUGUUCGCUGCUUGUUUCGACGUCUUUGAAUCGGAGCUACCAGAAGCAGGGCCCACCAGCCGCAUUCGGGUCACCAAGAUGGCCGCCCACGUCCUCUCGUCCGAAAGACCUUUCCGGCAGCUGCACGGCACCGAUGGAGUCCUGUGAGGGACUCCCAUGGCCCCGCUGCAUGAGCUGGCUGCUCUGCCUCUCCUGGGACGAGGCUGACAUGGAUUCUGGGAGGGCCGAACUAUCGCUACACGUCGGGUCAGCCCAGGGAGCCGCCGCGGCACCUCCACCUCCUGACACCAGCAUGAACCUGCAAGACGACCUCCAAGCGGGAAGGCCCGUGUUCUUCAGGGUCGACCUCCGCUCUGCCGCGCACGAAGAAGGGUGCGGCACACCUGCGGCCGCGGGUCAGACGCGCGCCCCGGGGGAUGAGAACGCGUCGGAUGGGGCUGCCACAAAACCUUCGGAGGAGAGAAGGCCAAACAGGGAGAGGCGGUCGAAGGAGGAGCCGCAGCUACCUCUCGGCGUCUACAUGGCCUGCCUCUCACUCAACAAGGUAGGGCACUGUCACCCGAAGGGUCGCUGCUGCUGCGGGAGUUCCAACGUCACCGCCGCCUCUUCAUCUCCGCCCACACCGCGCGACGUGGGCUCAGUGAAGACGCUCCGGUCUCGCUGCUCGCAUACGGAGGCCUCCAACUAUACCCUGGUCCUGAAGCCAAAGGCAGUGAAACCCCGCGCGGCAGGUUCCGCCCAAUCCGUUCCCUCAGCAUCCGCCGGAGUGGAGGUGGAACGGCCGGAUGUGGCGAGCCGUCCGGGCAGCACUCCGUCGCAGUUUCUGGGAUCGGAGGAAGGCGACCUGUCGUUGCGGGCGCAACGGCCGCCGUACAGCAGUCCCAACAGUCCAGUCCUGUUCACGCAGGUGCAGAGACAGUCUUCGAGUCCAGCCACGUGCGAAAACUGCCAGAGGUCCCGUUCGGCCACAGUUGAGUCCGAGUGGCAGCAGCGACGCGGCGAAAGGAAAGAAAAGCCGCGACGUCGCGACAGGAAUGAGCGGUGCUGCUCCGAGGAGAUCACCGCCCUUAGCUGCGGCGAGGAUGCGGACGACUCCGCCAUGUCCCGGCCGGGGUGUGCGGCCAAGAAGGGCUCUCGCUAUUCUCUGGGGUCGUGUCUCGGGUCAAGGGGUCAGCGGGCGUUCAAGACUGGGGAGCACAGGCGGCGUUUCUCGCUCACGUUGCCAAGCGCGUUGCUCAACUUGUUCAGACGUCGUCGCGGGAGUUCGCCGUCCGUGCGGAACAGCGCAAGCCAGACGGAGCCCUACCUUGGGGAGGCUGUCUGCUACGGGGCCCAGGCAUCCGGAAGCCCCUAUGCGGUGCGGGCACUUCCCCCGCUGCCCGCAGGCUGCUCCUCGGUGUGCGACCGUCUCUCGGCUGCGUCGGAUGCAGCCAGUACCACGUCGGACGAGUCGGACCGGAGGAGCAUGGACUAUGCGGCCAGUAUCGAGAAGGUCAAGGACUGCGGCUGGUACUGGGGUCCCAUCAGUGGGGAGACGGCGGAGCGCCUGCUCUCGCAAGAGCCCGACGGGUCCUUCGUGGUGCGGGACAGCUCAGACGAGCACUACAUCUUCAGCCUCACAUUCAAGCUCAACGGCCUGGUGAGGCACGUCCGCAUCGAGCACGACCAAGGCAACUUCAGCUUUGGCUGCCUACAGAAGUUCCAGAGCCACACGAUAGUGGACUUCAUAGAGAAUGCGGUGGAACACUCGAGGAGCGGGCGCUACCUCUUCUUCCUGCACCGGAGGCCCAUCCUGGGGCCCAUGCGGGUGCAGCUGCUUCACCCUGUCUCCAGGUUCAAGCAGGUCCAGUCACUGCAGCACCUCUGCAGGUUCUCCAUCCUGAAGAGCAUUCGCAGGGACCUGAUUGACUCACUUCCGCUCCCAGCACGCCUCAGGGCCUACCUGAACACCCCGCACUACUACUCGGAAGAGCUGGCCGACCUCGCGCACCCCGCCUUCGCUAGUCAUGCCUUCCCGGCCACCCUUGUCCGAGACCAGAGCCUCGAGGCACUCUUCCACCAGAGUUGAUAGCAUCUAUCCCUCGGCCUCAAAGCACGUCAAACCCCAUGUUGCCCAGGAAACCGCGGCCCAACUGAGCCCUUUGCUGCCCGCCCCACUCUUCACCCUGUGCAAAGUCCACCCUGCCAGACAAGGGGCAGCAGACAAUGCUCAUUUGUGCAGACCUGUAGGUCUGCAGUCUCUCUCUCUCUCGGCAUUGCACGCAACGUGCGGUCUGUUGAAGGUUUGGUUUUGCUGGCUGUCUGUAGAGAACUGGCACCAGUGUAUGUGCAUAUAGCUUGUGUGGACAGUCGACACUUGUCUGGCGGUGGGAUCAGAAAUUUCGCCUUGUCUGGCAUCGUUCUGGAAAGAGGACUCCCUCAAGAUUUUCACACUCGGGAAGUAACCUGCAGGUAUGAAGGCCAAGCUUGUAGUGCUGAGUGCACAGGCCAACCAGUUGAAAUUUGAACAGUGUUCACGCUUGCUUUCAUAUAAUCGCUGCUCUGCGAUGCACAUUGAAGACCUUGGGAUAGCACUCGUGCUGCACUGACCAAAUUGCCCCUUUCGGUAAUGGCAAUAUAAGGUGCCAUAUUUUGGGAUGGUAGAACCGUGCCCUGUAUUAAGUAUCUGUCCAAGAAAUUUCUCUGUUGACAUCUGCUUGUUUCAGCUUUAGCUAAUUUGGCCGUAACUGAAAUAUUGCACCAAAUUAAUGUAGACAGUCUCUUAGAAAGUAGGUGCUGAGAGUGCAGCCUUGUUUUGUAUGAGUGGAGAGUAGCCUGUUUUCUAAAGAUACCAGCUUCAGCAAAAAAAUGUCAAUGUCCAUAAAGACUAGAGAUUUGGCAGAAAUGCCUUUCAAGUAGUUCUUGCUCCGCUUUUUUUUUCCCAAGAAUUUUUAUAUCAGUAGCCUCCAAACUCUAGCUUUUUAUGUUGGUUGCAUAACUCAAUCAAUAUAAGUAUAAAUUUAAAAUGAGGUUGCUGCAAUUUUAUGAUAAGAAUUUAUCCUUGUAGUCUCCUUUGAGAAGGACAAUGUCCAACGUGUUGAAAUAUCAUGAAGUUAGCAACCCUUCGGCACUCUAGAUUGUAAUAUCACUGUCUUCUGUACAGCUGAAUUGCCCAAGGAAUUUGCUUGCGUAAACAUACCUUUGGAGCUCCAAUGCAUUAUGAAAUUGACUUAAAGGGAUUGUCCGGUCGAAACCGGAAUUACUUAAGUUUGUGCGCUUGUUGCGUCGAGGAAGCCUUCAUGUAGAAAAACGUCAUUUUUAUUUUGAUAUAUGAUUCUUCCCUUAUUAAUUAAACGUUUCAUGAGCGUAUGUACGAAACUGCACCCCGAAUUUCACCAGUGUCAAUGGCUGAUAUCCGUAGCUGCUGCGUGACGUCACAAAACAAAGGGUCGUCCGAUGGUCGAGAUAACAAGCGUUGGCCGAUGGAUGUCUUGUCUUUUGUUUUGAAUUAUAUAGUCUCCUAAACUGUACCCUACUGAAAUAUGUUUCUUUUAAUGCAGUUACCAAGUGUGUGCGAAAAAAGUCAUGCCUUUUAGCAGGAUAUUACUCGAAAAGAGAGCUUCGAGCAGACGUAUGCCGUUUCGCUCAAACACAACUGCGACGGCCACCGAUCGAACAAGGAGCGCUUGUAAAGAGAAGGAUGCAGAUCUUACCUCUGAAACGGCCUCUGGUUUCACAUUUCGGUUGAUCCACUGGAUCGGUGAUGAGGCUGCAAGUCAUUCUUUCGGAGGCGGUGUCCACGGGUCGAAGGCAAACGGCGCAUCGUUCAAAUGCAUGUCGUCACUUGACUUGGACAAGCUUGGUGAAUCCUAGCCACGCUCUAUUGUCACACGCGGGUCAAACAGAAUUUGGCUGCACGUGUGCUAAAUACAACUUUUGAUAUUGUUUCCAGAGGGCCUAGCUGUUGGUUUCGGUUUCGCUGUAUAAUCAAUCUGAUUUAUUCGAUUUAAGCGAGGAGUGGAUGGAUAUGGUUGAAUAUCGUUGGCCCAGCAUCACACCUCAGCUCACGAGCCUUCUGUCCGCUUAGAGCUCAGCUCAUGAGAUAAUUUCUGCAUAAGCGGGAUCUCGAACUUUACGGGAUCCCGGUCCCUAAGCACGGCGAUGAUGCAUUUUGCUCGUCACUGCACGUCUCGUGGAAAAAGGGGGGGCAUCACGUCUUGGCUCGCAUGUGCUGCCCGUUGGUUGUGGCACCUAACUGCGCAACAAAAAUCUCACCCAUCCACGAAACAAGUCGAGCGCAACAGCAAAAACGAAGCAUGCUGCGGCGUUCUCUCGCAGACAAACGACACGACGGAAAUGCUAGCUUUGUGUUUUGUGACGCCAGAGCUUCAAUAUUGCCAACGAAAGUAGCAUUUACGCUAGGAUGCGAUUGGAGCGGUAUAAAUUCAAUUACUUAUGCAGAGGGGCAGAUAAAAUUCAGAUAUUGCAUGUACGAUGUGUCUCGAGGCAAUAACAAUGAUACUCAAUUCUUUUCUCGAAUACAAAAUUUGACCGGACAAUCCCUUUAAUAUUGAACUUGCAGUUGAACAGAAAAAGGAGGUCAGGGACAGGAGGCCAUUUAAUCAACCUAAUGAAUGUAUUGAUAGUGAGUUAGGGACAGGGAGAUGGGCACAAAGUUUGUUGGAACUGGAGCAGUGACUCAAAUCCAGCAUAAAGACGGGUUGUGUAAAGGGCACAGAACCGGUCGACCCUUCAAAGGGCCUGUGGUUAUGCAAAAGGUCCCAGAACGUCCAUACCAUUUUCAGAGACCUGCCCUGCUGAUCUGUGAUUUGUGACUCCGUCUUCACAGAAGGUCUGUUUCUGUCUGUUCUGCACUCCUUGUUUCUUGUAUGCAGGUGAAUUUUCCCAUUGGUUUUGCCAGCAGAGUUUUCUUAAUAUUCUUAACUUCCUUUAACAUUUCUUCAAAUGUAAAAUGAUUGGCAAGAUGCUGCAUUUGGCUCUUGGUAACAACAUUGUUUUGUCAGAAACCUUCCAUCACAUGUUCUAUCCACUGCUUUUUCUCCUGUUGCUGCCUAUUUCAUACGUGGUUCUCAGAAUGCUUGAUGGUGUGGAAUGUUUGAAAAAAAGAAGCAGCUGCCCACAGUGAAACCCGUUUAGAACGAACCCACUUACAGCGAAUUAUUGUUGAUAUCGAACUCAUGGAAAAUUUAAAUAAAAAUGCAUGUAAAAAGUACUUUUUAUAACGUACAACAUGUGGGCUAUAUCGAACUUUUCCCCCAGGAAGGCUUCCAGAAACGUGUAAACAAUCGUCUUCUAGCCUGUCCCCUCCCCCCCCCAAAAAAAAAGGUAGGAAAGAAAGAAAAUUCCAGAAGCUCAAGUUGCAAACAAAAUUGAGCAAAGAGAAGCGAUUCAGAAGGAGGAGAAAGCUAAAAAAUACACUACGCACACGCAUAGAAAAAAAAUUUCGUCCCAAAACAGUUGCCCACGAAGAGAAGCGAUUCAGAGGGGGAGAUAAGCUAAAAAAGCAAACUCUGCACAGAUGCAAAGAAAAGCAAAUACUUUCCAGCGUUUUGUUACAAGGCUGAAGCGAAGAGAUGAGAAAAAAAGAGAAGCUCUCGCAUUACAAUGAACGUAUCAUGGAAGUUCUUUGUAAAUGGUUUUUGCUAUACGAAUUACUUGCUAUGUCGAACUGAUCGUAGCGUUGCCUGCUGUUCGUUAUAAACAGGUUUGACUGUAAUAGUUGUGCUGAAUGGCUCUGUAAUGUGACAUUUAAGAAAUGCUGGCCUUUUGUACUUUGCCCCAUCGGCUCCCACAUUCUUGUACCUAGCAGGGAGCACAAGCAUUUCAUGUCUUGCUGAUGUCCCAUUUGUGAAUCCGCAUCCUUCCAAAGUCGCUUUUCUAUGAGAACUGCAACCACUGGCAUUGUGCACGCUACUUUUUUUCUAUGACCAUGUCAUGACUUUUUUUUUCUGCCUGGUGUGGUGUCAUCUCAUGCUCAUGCUGAUUGGAUCCUGUUCAUUGUAGGAACUUUCAGGACCACCAGUAGUUUUGCAAGUUGGUAGGGACCGCCAUAGGUUUGUUGUGUCACCUACCGAGAGUCACUGUGUCUAGCUUGUCCGUCUGCAAGUGUUCAUUCUAAAGGGAACCAAAUUCUCUGAGCAUACCCAUUGACACAGAAGCCCUAUUUUGCAUACCUCAAGCUGGGCAGGUUAACUCAUGUCCACCUGCCAAGAGUGGCACAAGCAAAUAUAAUACAAUAUUUUGCAUGACAAUGAUUUGGUUUUGUAAAAUCGAUCCAAAAUUUUUUUAACUAAGCUAUUAAGAAGGGGGAAAGCUAUUAUACUAAGCUAUUGAGAAGAGAAAAAGUUAUUUGUUAAGAAAUGCUUGAUUAAAGGGAUGACAAACAGGAGUUGUCAUUGGACAACCUUUGUUCCCAGCUUGAUUAUCUUGUUAGAAUGUCGUCAGAACAUUUGUGAAAUGCAUAAUCAACCAAAUGACCAUUGCUUUUUUUUUCUUGAAGCUUGCAGUUUUAUUUUGUUCUUCAGCCCACUAGCCACAUUAACUGGAGUACUGAUCGCCAAGAAAUAAUUACCUUGCAUGCUUCAAUAAGGGGUGGGAUUAUUGGUUCAAAGAAAAUGGCUAGUCAGAGGAAAACAUAUCUGCACAUCAUGAAUGCACCUUUUGGGAAAACAAGUGUUUUCAAAAACUGUUGCGUGCUUUAUGCUUUGCCAAUGUAAUUUGUUAAUUCUGAACCAUAGUCAGCCAAAGUCCAUUUUGUGGUCCCUUUAAUGUAAAAAUUAAAGUUUUUUUUUUUUUUUUUUUUUUUUUUGUUCUAGACAUAUUAUUCUGUUACAUUUUUGGGCCGACUAGAAUUUUAUUAAAAGGUAAAUGGACUUUCGGAUAUUUAGGAACUCCAAAAAGGGGUUCUGAGUUUUCAUAUCUCAUGCAAAAUUUAGAAGCUAUACAUCUGGCUUUACGUCUGACCAGAAAUUCAAACACUUGUUUUGUCAGCAGCAUUAGGAAGUUAAAGAAUUAAGUAGGCACCCAUGUAAAAUAUAUUGCAUUAUUACCAUGAAACAUACUGUCAGAAAAGCACAAUAAUGUUUCUAGUUAAAUAUCACAAUGGGUUAUGGGAGUAUAAAGCUCAUUAUAUGAGCAAUAUGAUUCACAGGGCAUUAUAAUUCGACACCUCUGCCAAUCAGAUGAAUUUAGGUUUCUGCAAAGAAUCCAAUUGUAUAAACUUGUCAUUUAUUCAUAUGUGACAAUACUAAAAAAGUAUGGCUGAAGAAGGUUUUAUGCAUAUUUUGUUGCAGGUUUUUUUAUUAAUCUGAUAAAACAGAAUCCUAAGCAUAUCUAGAAAAACGCAUUAAUCUCUAAAUGCAGAUCCUCUAAACAGAAACAAUAGUAAAAGGGGCAGAUAAAAAAAAAAAAAAAAACUUAUUUCCAGACAAAAAAAAAAAAAAAAAAGCUUAUUUCCAAUUGUUUGUAGCAUUUGGUCAUGCUCCAUGACCAAUGAAGCAUAUGGCCAUAGGUGGUACCUUAAAUCUUAAUUUGGCAGCUUUUGAUUUUAAUAAUUCUAGUUGGCCGAGUCUAUUUAGACUGAGUCUUCCAUAGCCUGCUUCCAGGUAUGACAUGUUGUGGGGCAGUUAGAGCUCUUCAUCCAUAUCUAAGACAGCAUUCGAUGUUUGAAGCGUUUAAUUCAUAUCUGCAAAAUUGUCGCUAAAAUCAGUAUGCAAAGGCAAUGCUAAUUUAUUUCUUAGGCACCAUGAAUGCUAAAUCUUAGUUCAUUUUAGCAGUCUUCUGUAAAUUCAUUUAUAAUUUCGAUGCGACACCUUUUCAGUCUCUGUUGUACCUAUUUCUAAGAAUGAUGAUAGUGAAUGGAUAGACGGCGUCGACCUUGUUGGCCAGAAGCCAAAACCUGUCCAGUGAAUUGUUCGACCCCAUUUGUGCCCUUGUUAGUGUUUGCUUGACCGCAGAUUUAUUUGUAACUGUCUGCUUUACCAGUGUUAGUUGCGUGUUACAUGUGUUCGACUAGGCUCAAUGUUGCGCGCUGAAGAGAGAAACUGUGCCUUGGCAAAAUUGACAUACUGUGAAUUGAUUGCUCGGUGAACCCUGACGCUGCAUGGUCGCACAACACGCGCACCACCAAGCGGUUGCAUGACAGAAGAGUGAGGUUUGAAUGGAAGGUAGAUCGUUUUGAAAGCAUCACAAGCAGCUUACAAGCUUCCAAUGGUUGUGUUUCGCCGUGUUACAAGUGCAUUGUCGUUUCCUAUGCUCUGAGGAUUCUUUUACAAUCAUCUCUAGCUUCAAAGACUAGAUUUGUAGAUGAUAUUGAAUAAAUCCCCCGUACAUAA